GUUAUCUAGCAGUCACAUCAGGUCCUAACAAAAUUAGACAAAUAAAAUAUUUAUAUAAUAGCUCAAUAUUUCCUGGACGGGUUUAAUACAGAGUUGUCCUCUCGAGUCAGCAAACUUAGUCAGAAUGAUUUUUCUUUUUGACGUGCGACAGCUAUAUUAUUUCAAGUGUGAGACACGCCCAAAACAAGCGUCUUGUGUAGGAACUACUCAUGCUGAAUAGCCUUUUGAGAGCAGAUGAUCAGGACUAGUAAGCCUUAUACACAACAACACGUUAUGUGUACUAAAGAAGCACAACUGGUUGUCUCUUCCACCAAACCUCAUCGUACACGGCCACCGGAAUCAUUCCAGUCAUUUCGAGCGGAAAGCUAUUAAAUUUAAAUUUUUUAAAUAUGGCGAUCACACACACACCACAAAACAAACAGAUGCACAUGCCCCAGUGAUUCAAGAUUAUAAUUACUGAGCCUCACCGAUUUUGAGUGACUAGAAAUGUUGAUCCAUUGACCUGAUCAAGGGCAGCAGUUAUCAAUAUCCAGCCGGCGCUACAAUCAUAUGAUAAAGCCAGUUUGAGACAGAUGUAAAGAAAUGGUGUAUCCCACAAACCAUUGAAUUUAUAUUCUACAAUGUUGGACAUAUAGUUUGCUAUCUGUCUUGGAUGACAAAAGUAUGCCAAUACAGAAAUCGGUACCUAAUAUAAAAAAUUUACUAAUUUGACUAGUAGGUGAGAUGGGCUUAUAUUAAUGCUUCUUCACGUUGGUAUCGAUACCCAAAGCUAUUUCAGUAUCGGAAGAGAAGUUAAAUUGGUAUCCUAAACUUACCACUGUAUUAUAUAGUUUCACAUGAUCCUGACAAAAUCAAUAAUUUCUACACCCAGCUUAGCAAUGGCUUCUUCAUCGUUGAACAUGGAUUGUCAUAAUUUUAUCAAUCAAGAUCGAAUGAACAGCAGUGACGUGCACCUCAUACAUGCAAAGGAUUCGCUUUUACCGGACUCAUUUACCGUCAUCAUAAUCAGCCGGGCCUGCCUUCUUAUGGGAUAUGGAGCUUGAAUCCACCAUGCUGCUACAGUGAGGUCUAUUAUUUAAAUAAAAGUAAUUAAAAUUCAUUUAUCGCCAGAAUGAUGAAUCUAAUGAUAUUAAACUACAUUUUGAUGUGGCACAAUUUGUCUGAUGGGUUGUGGUAAGUAGAUUAUUUAUAGGUACAUAUCCUAGUUCCUGGGCGUGUCACUGUUGGCUAACAUAUUUGGACUCUAAAGUGCAGAGUAUCAUUAAGAAGCAAUUCAUAUAGAGUUUUGAAAUAUAAUCGGUAAAAAAUCCAAGUAUGGUUUAUGGGUUUAAGCAACUGCUUUGUAUUGCUGUAACUGAAUGACAAAACAUAACUAAUUUAAUAAUACUAGGAGCUAUGUUACGCAUGCAUCUUGAACAAUAAUAGGUUAAAUAAAAUUGUUUUACAAGAUCUGUAAAGCAAAUCUUUCAUCAGAUUCUAUCCAUUUCUAGAAAUUCGGACGGAUUUGGAAGUCAGAUUUAAUUACUAACAUCUAGAAUUCUAGAAAAUCACUGAUUACGAAUUCCAAAAUAGGUAUACAUAACUGGAUUACCUAGGCCACUAUCAAAUUCCUUAACAUACAUAUUAAGAGUAUAUUUGUUCUUCAAAAAUGAGAAUUUUCAUUUAUUCAAAAAUACUUUUCAGUAUAAUUCACAUUAAAGCGUCAACCUUGCGAGCACCAGGUGAUAACAAACACUUCACUCAAGAUGGAUUCCGGACAUUGAUACGAAACAAAUAAUAGAGAGUUUUAACUACCAAUAAAACUUACCUAUUAUUUUUUCAUCAAUGUCCGGAAUCCAGGUAAGGCCUACCUGGUGCAUCAUGAGUAUAAUAAUGGCGAACAUUCACUCGGCUCGCUACGGUCACUUGUACAUAGGUAUUAGGUUGCGGCAAGGGGGCGCCACCAUCGGAGAGGUGAUUUUAGCUGACAUCCGGCAAGGAAAGAUGAGUGCUUCUCUCAAGAUGGAUUCCGGACAUUGAUGAAAAAAUAAUAGGCACAAAACAAAUUCUCCAUGGGGUGAACGGUCGGCUUCGUCCCAGGAAACUGAUCGCCAUCAUGGGUCCCUCGGGAGCCGGCAAGUCGACGUUACUCGACGUACUUUCCGGGUACCGCACUACGGGAGUCGGCGGCGCUAUAUUCAUCAACGGACGAGGAAGGAAUAUGAAGAGGUUUAAAAAAAUGUCAUGUUACAUUCAGCAAGACGAUAGACUACAGGGCUUGCUCACGGUGGGUGAGAACAUGGAGCUCGCUGCUGACCUCAAGCUGCCCACGACCAUGGAUAAAUACGAAAAAGGAGAAGUGAUCGAAGACAUUCUGACCAAUCUAGGACUGUACGAACACAUGCACACCCGUGGAGCUCAACUGUCGGGAGGGCAGAGAAAACGGCUGUCCAUCGCUCUGGAACUCAUCAACAAUCCUCUCAUCAUGUUCCUUGAUGAACCUACCACAGGCCUGGAUAGUUCUUCAUGCACCCAAGUCGUACAACUCUGCCGAAGCCUAGCGCAUCAGGGUCGAACUAUAGUGUGCACAGUACAUCAGCCGUCCGCUUCUUUGUUCGCCCUAUUCGAUCAAGUGUACGUGUUGGCAGCUGGCAACUGUCUCUAUCAAGGGACCACAACAAAUCUUGUGCCAUAUUUAGAACAGGCUGGAGUUCCUUGCCCCAUUUAUCAUAACCCAGCAGAUUAUGUCAUAGAAUUAGCCUGUGGCGAAUACGGAGAGGACAAAAUGAGUCACCUAACAACAAAGGCUGAGAACGGUAGGGAAUUAGCGUGGUUGGAUGAACCGACCACAAUUCCCUCAAUGGAAGCUCUGAGGAAGCAGUACCCAUUGAGUGUGAUGAAGGAACAGGACAGCGAGUCUGGACCGGAGGAGACGCCACAGUCCAACCAGAGAUCUGUACUCAUAAGGCGAGGGUUCCUGAAGGCGAAACGAGAUCCUACCAUGACUCACCUGAGGCUGAUAGUCAACGUGGUGGUCGGCAUCAUGCUGGGCGCGCUCUUCAUCAACGCCGGCAACGAAGGCUCCCGCGUGCUGGAGAACUACAACCUGCUGUUCGCCAUACUGAUGCACCAUAUGAUGUCGCCCAUGAUGCUGACUAUACUUACUUUUCCUUCAGAGAUGUCGAUAUUACUAAAGGAGCAUUUCAACAGAUGGUAUUCACUUGGAUCCUACUACAUUUCUAUAACGAUAGUGGACUUGCCUAUAUCCAUAGUAUCGUGUGCGAUAUUCAGCGUGAUAGUGUACACGAUGUCAGCACAGCCGCUGGACAUCGCCAGGUUCGCCAUGUUCUUCGCCAUCUCCGUGUACACGGUGCUCGUCGCGCAGAGUUUCGGCCUGAUGAUCGGUGCUGUGUUCAACGUUGUUAACGGAACUUUCCUCGGCCCAACGCUCUCAGUGCCGAUGAUGAUGUUCGCUGGUUUCGGCGUGACGCUGCGAGACCUGCCGCCGUACCUGUCGUGGGGGUCGUACGUGUCGUAUCUGCGGUACGGACUGGAGGGGUACAUCGGAGCCAUAUACGGGCUGGAGAGACCCACUCUUGAUUGCAAUGAAGCCAAAUACUGCCACUACAGAUACCCACGCACGUUCCUGAAAGAAAUCGCGAUGUCUCCAAACAUGUUCUGGUGGGACAUCCUGGCUCUGACUGUCACGCUGUUCGUACUCCGUACAGCCGCCUUUUUGCUGCUCAAGUGGAAACUUAGUGCUGUCCGAUAAUUUCAUUUUAAUAACGCAUAUCAAAGUUAAUUAGGUACAGACAGAGGCAAUAUUUUUGUAAAUUAAUUAAUAUAUAAAGAGGUAAACUUUGUGGUUUUUAAGGGUUAAUCUCUGGAUAUACUGAACUGAAGUGAAAAAAGAAUUUACACAAUGUAAAAAGAAUUUACACAAUGUAAAGUCUUUUUUCACUAGAGAAGCACGUUACAUGUGAGGCUAUAUUUUUUGCUUGUAUAUUCUCACAGGAACGGAAACUACGCACGCGGGUCAAACCACGGGGCGUCGGCUAAUUACGAAUAAUGUCAAAAGUUAAACUGUCAAUGCAGACAUGAGGACAGUGGCAUGUUUUCUGUGACGGUGGUCCCCGUAGAUUUACGAUUCGGUAUUCUAUGGGACCCCAGUUAUGCCAACGCCAUGUUUUCCUACUACUAAUCCACUUAUAGUCUGUCGACUGAUUCCUACACAAAAAAAAGUUAAACUGUUACUCUUUUGCCUAAUGUCUAAGAUUUCAAUAACUUUCAAAUUUGUUAUAGAAAGAGGCUCGACAAAAAUUAUUGAUAUUAAAAGUGACUUCGAAAAAGCCGUAGGUUUUUGACUGUAUGUUUUUAUAUGUAUGAACAUACGGUUUUUUAUUGUAAGACUUUUUAAAAGUUAAGAAUAUCAUUGCACGUUAUUAAAUUUUAUUGUUGGAUUGCUAUUUAUUGGUGAUAAUAAGUGUGAGAUUAAUUUAGGUCGUCUAAACAAUAAACUACUAUUUCCUACCAGUAGUUUUUUCAAUUGCCAUGAAUGAAAAGAAUUUUCGAUAUUGCCAUGAAUGAAAAGAAAUCUAUUCCACAUUACAUAUUUUCUGUGCCGAUUUCAUGGUUUUGAGCUCGUAUUUAUGAAUUUAUUAUGCGGGUUAAUCGGUUUUUUAAGUACUUAACAACCGAUUUACCAGCUUAAACGCAGUCUUAUAGCUUUAUAUUCUGUGAGAUUUACGAUAUUAUAACAUAUUUAAGAUUUUAAUAUCAAAAAGAAGAUAUUGAAAUAAAACCUAGGCUGUGGCUUACUCAUGGUUUGAAAUUGUUGAGAAAUUAAGACAGAGUUUAUUUUAUUUUUAAGGUUUUUUUUAUUCUAGUUAUAAUCAUGAUUAUCAAAAGAAAAUUUUAAUAAAAAACAAAUUUAUUGUAUUAAGUACAAUUUAAAGAAUGUUUUUAUAUAAACAUGAAAAAAUGCCAUUUAAAUGCGUGAUACAAAAAAAACAAUAUAAUUGCCACUACACUCUAAACUUGCCAAAUACAUUUAAAAUAGUUAAUUAAGUUAUAAUAUGAUAUAAGUAAAUAGUAGGUAUAUUCUUUAUACCAACUUCCCGAGUUUAUAUCUUUUGUGAAAAUGUUCAUUUACCUACCUAUCUACCUUAUUUUGUUUAGGUAUAGUAAAAGGAAUGCUUAGAUGGUACUUAGUAAAUAUUAUGUUCCUUAUAAUGUACCUAGUGCUAAUAAUAAUUAAAACUUAAUAAGUAAGUAUAAUUUUAUUUGAUUUUGGGACAAUUUCUUAUUUGCAUUGAUGCACUGUAACAGACAAAGUAAAAUGAACCUAAUUCCUAUAGUAUUAAAGUUUUAUUUUAUCUUGUAAUCUGGAGAGUAAGGUAAAUGUACGUUAUUAGGGCAUACCUACCUAUAAAAGACAUUUUAUGUUUUGGCUUACUGUUUUAUUUCGAAAAAUGUUAUUUAGAACUUGAUUAUAAAAUAACAACAUUGUUCAACAAAAAUCAGAAUACCUGCAUCCUGAAUUAGUGUAUUUACCUUGUCUAUUUACCAUGUUCAUCGAAUUAAAAUACAUAAUGAAAAACUUCAGAAACAGACUUAGGUAUAUUUUACUAUAAACUUAUAUUCAUAUUAUGUUUAUUUUUCUUAUGAUGUCAAGACAACUUUAGGUAGAAUUAUUAUCAAAUAAUAUUUCAAGGGUACUUUUAGUGUAUGUUUAAAUAGGGUAAACCUACUUUCGUAGGAUUUGAUGUACACAAUUAUUUGUGAUUGCGUAUGUAAUGUUAUUACGAAGUAUAUUUAGAACAAUUUAAUUAAAUAACGUAGCUUUUUCUUUUCCAAACAAAUCUUCAAUUUAAAUCAUUUUUCGUUUACUAACAAGUAUGUUUCGUCUAAUUGUGAUUUUGGGAACUAUUAACUUUAACCAUUAUAUGUAUUAAUGGGUACCUACUACCUAAGCAGCAAAGAUAAAGGUAAAAAACUUCAUUUAUUUGUUGUGCUAUAAUCAGUAGGUACUCGUUAAUUAUUCUUUAAAUUGAUUUGAAUACCCAACUACCAAAUAUAAUGCUUUAUUAAAAAAAAUAGUGUAUAUUUUUUAAUAAUUCUUGUUUUCAUAAAGUAUGACCUCUAAACGAUGGUGCGUUUUUUAGUUUGUUUACCUUGGUCUAAAGUCUUUCACACAUAUUUUAGAAUAAGAGAAAUUUUGAAGUGCUAUGCCUAGAUAUUGCUCAAAGAUUUAUUUAUUGUGAUAAGUAGUAAAUAUAUUAUAUACCCUAGGUAUAUUGUAAUAACUAUUCCAAUUUAAGGUGAUAUUUUUUACUUGAUUAUUAUAUUUUGUAUCUUAUAUUUUAGAUAGCAAAGGUUUUUGUACAAUUAAAACAAUAAAUGUAAAAAAAUA